UUUAAUUCAUUAGAAAUACUGAGAAUACAGUUUAAUCGCGGUUGCAAGAUACAAAAAGUUUUGUAAAAUGUACUAAAAGUGUCUACCCCACCGCAAAACAUUAAUCCGUUGCAUCACGGCAACUGAUCUCGGCAUUUCGUGUGCAACGCCAUCACUGCCUUCACACCACCACUCAACACGCUCACUGCCUCGACAUACUCGUAUUUUGGCAUACUCAUUGCUUAUACUGUCUGCUUUCCACUAUUUGUUGCAGUUGCGUUAAAUAGCAAAACAGCCAGCAUGUCCUUGACCCCGAAAAGUGUGGAUUUCAAUGAAAUUUGGCCUAAUCUGCGGAGCACCGCUGAAGCGGUCAUAACCCUGGGCAAUGUUAAUCGCACAGAUUGGAGUACCCGAUUUAGCGAUGUCUACACGUUGUGUGUGGCCCAUCCAGAACCCUUUGCUGACAAACUCUAUUAUGAGACUAAGCAGUUUUUAGAAAAUCACGUUCAAAAUAUGUUGGCAAUAAGAGUGGCACCUAAUUUCGGUAGCACAUUACCUGCUAAGGAUGGCGAACCCGAUCUUUUGCAACGUUAUUAUGACGCGUGGUCCGAAUAUAGCCAAGGUGUCAAGUAUUUAGAUAAUUUGUAUUCUUACUUAAACCAACAGCACAUUAAGAAGCAAAAAAUAUCCGAUGCUGAAGUGGUAUAUGGCAAUUUAUCCACAGAGACGCUGGAGCAAAUGGAAAUUGGAGAGUUGGGUCUGGAUAUUUGGCGUAUAUACAUGAUAAAGUCACUCAGUGGUGAACUCGUCAAACAUAUAUUGGAUGGCAUUAAAGCGGAUCGUUGUGGUGUUCCAGAAAUCGAUGCAAAUCGAGUGAAGAUAAUUAACGGCGUAAUCCAUAGUUUUGUGCAAGUUCAAGACUACAAAAAGAAUGGCUCACUUAAACUGUACCAAGAAUUAUUUGAGAGCCCACUACUCGUGGCUAGCGGCGAGUACUACGACAAUGAGGCCUCGAAGCUGCUGCAAAUGUGCACUGUGAGUCAAUAUAUGGAAGAGGUUAUCAAGAUAUUGGAGGAUGAAAGUAAGCGUGCGCUGAAAUUUUUGCACUCCAGUUCAUUAUCGAAACUGCGUAAACAAUGUGAGGAUCGAUUUGUAAAUCAGCGACUUGAUUUCCUGUACUCCGAAUGCAAAGAUAUGGUUUCGCAAGAAAAACGGAAAGAUUUGCGCAAUAUGUACAUAAUGCUGAAACCAAUACCAGAUAAUCUAAAAGGACAACUAAUUCAAACAUUCUUGGAUCACAUCAAAAACGAGGGUUUGGAAACUAUUUCUACGAUUUCUGGGGAAAAUAUUCACAUACAAUUCGUGGAGAAUAUGCUUAAAGUACAUCACAAGUAUCAGGAACUGAUUGGAGAUGUAUUCGAAAAUGAUUCACUGUUUUUAAGUGCUUUGGAUAAGGCAUGCGCGAGUGUCAUCAAUCGCCGCCCGAGCGACCGACAACCUUGUAGGAGUGCUGAAUAUGUUGCGAAGUACUGUGAUACGUUGCUAAAAAAAUCCAAGACUACUGAGGCCGAAAUCGACCAAAAACUCACCAACAACAUAACUAUUUUUAAGUACAUCGAAGACAAAGAUGUCUAUCAAAAAUUCUACAGCAGACUGUUAGCGAAAAGACUAAUUUAUGAGCAAUCUCAAAGCAUGGAUGCGGAGGAAGCUAUGAUUAAUCGAUUGAAGCAAGCUUGUGGGUAUGAGUUUACAAAUAAGCUGCAUCGUAUGUUUACGGACAUUUCGCUUUCGGUGGACUUGAAUAAUAAGUUUAAUAACCAUUUGAAACAGGAAAAUAUUGAUUUAGGCAUUAAUUUAUCCAUUAAAGUGCUUCAGGCAGGCGCAUGGCCAUUGGGGCCCACACAGGUGGUGAUACCCUUUGCAGUGCCACAAGAAUUUGAAAAAUCGAUUAGAAUGUUUGAGACAUUCUAUCACAAUUCGUUUAAUGGACGCAAACUGACGUGGCUGCAUCAUAUGUGUAAUGGCGAAUUGAAGCUCGGCUAUCUGAAGAAAACCUACAUUGUAACUAUGCAAACUUACCAAAUGGCCAUGUUGCUGUUGUUCGAAUCCUGCGAUUCGCUUACUUGCAAGGAUAUACAAACCACUCUACAAUUGAACAGUGAAACGUUUCAGAAGCAUUUACAAUCACUGCUGGAAUCGAAAUUGCUUACUGCUAGUUCAGAAACUUUGGAAGGGAAUACGAAAAUAGAGUUGAAUUUCGAUUACUCAAAUAAGCGAACAAAGUUCAAAAUAACAUCAGCCAUGCAAAAGGAAACUCCGCAAGAGAUCGAACACACCAUCAGUGCAGUAGACGAGGAUAGGAAACUUUAUCUGCAAGCGGCAAUUGUGCGCAUAAUGAAAUCUCGCAAAGUUUUAAAGCACAAUGCACUCAUACAGGAGAUUUUAUCGCAAUCGAAAGUGAGCUUUACACCGAGUAUUUCAAUGAUAAAAAAAUGUAUCGAAUCGUUAAUUGAUAAACAGUACAUUGAACGGACUCCUAAUUCGGGUGAUGAAUAUAGUUAUGUAGCAUAACUUUGGAAAUUUUUGAUGUUGUUUAGUGGGUUAUGCCGCUGUCGUGCCAUUGCAGGCACCAACAUAACCAUUAACACCAGCAACUACAAUUGAAAUUGCUGCUUCAAAGUUUGUAUGCCGAAUAUUAAAUUAUUGUUUAUAUACAAAAUUUUUAAAUGAAAA